AUGGAUAAGUUAUACACGGCGUUAUCAGUAUCGUUAAUUGCUCAGAAACGGUUUGUUAUAUCAUGCGAAUCUGCAACAGAAGCUAUCCCCCAGUUUACUCUGCUUUUGGAACUGCUAAACAUUGUUGAACAUUCUUUUCAACCGCUUUAUACGGUGAUAGACCUCCUACAAUAUAAUACCAUCCAAACCAUUUUGGACCAGCUGACUUUUUAUACAAAUGACGGUAAACGCUGCUUUAUCAAUUUUGUCAUAUGGCAGAAUCUCCAGAAAACUUCAAAUGACCUACAGAAAGAAUUGUACAAAUUGAUCUUGCAAAUCGAUCAUUAUGAAACAAACGAGGCAAAACUAGCAGAUGAUGAUUUACCUGCAAGUGUCACUGUAAAUGGCAAAAUUGAAAAAGUGCAUAAACCCGAGAUUUUCACAAUCAUACCUUUUAUGGAAUUUAAUCUAUAUGACUUGAAAUUGUACACUUACUUGAAGGAAAAGUUUUGGCAAAGUGUCUGUUUCCCUAUUAUGCAUGAUACUUUCCCAAAUGGUUGCCUGUAUCUCCAAACAAUCUUGAGGCUACGUAAAAAGAUGAAAAACGUAUUCAUUGCACCAGAUAUAAAGCGCUAUAUUUAUUCUCUACUUGUCUUUAUUCGGUGCCAUAGAUUGGCUUCAUUAUCUCCAAAACUGGUUAGAGUUCCAACGGCAACUAUAGAGUACUUGUAUCAAUAUUGUCAAGCCUUGAUACUAUGGAAACAUCAAGCACAAAAAAGGAAAAAGUCUGGACCCAGUUUCAUUGAUUCAUUGAAGUUGGAGAAGAUAAAAGAGGUGGAAAUCAGUCUUGAACAAUCAAUUACAUCGGAAAAGUCACGGCAUCCUUAUGAUGUUGAUGCUGAUGCUGCUCAAGAAGAAGAAGAGUUAUUUGUGACUCCAGAUUAUGUCAAAAUUGCCAUGCGUAAAAUUGGGUAUUGGCUAGUAGACUGGGAGUAUAACAGAGAAUUCGCUAAUGUUGAUGAUUUAAGCCUGAAAAUAUAUGAUCCGAGUCUCGAUGACGAGGGAGAAGACGAAGACAACGAAGAAGUUAAACAGAAAUUGGAAAAGAGGAGAAUGUUAGCUAACAAGAGACUAGAAAUUAGUAUGCUUACAGGUGACUGGUUUGGAAGUGAUUAUUACUAUGUUAAUGAGUACUUGAAGCAAUUUGUAAGCGUUAGGAGUUAUGAAAGUCCAACAGGUUUUACAAACAAGAUUAUCCAAGACUAUGACACUAGUAUUGAAGAUGACGCUGGUGCUGAUGCUGAAGAGAAAAGCUACACUGGUGCUGAAGAUGCUGAGCCGUUACAUUUAGCUUCUCUAGUGGCCCCUUCUGUAUAA